CCCUUUUCGUUCAGCGAUUCGUUGACGUCAGAGGAUAGUCUACUGUAGUUCCGUAGCCAAAUAAACAGAUGUCGAUUGAAUUUGGAUGCUCAGACGUGUGUCAGCAAAACAUAUGGUUCCUGUUUGAAAUUGUUCACUGGACCUUUACAUUACAGGUAAACACAAAAUGGGCUCGAAACGAAUAGUUGGCUAGUCAGGAAAUAACCGGUUGCCUGCACACUCUCUGCCAGUACGAAAUCCAACGCGAAGCCAAGGUCUAUUACGAGGUGAAUAGCACUUUGAAUGCGACGUAGUUAUUCUCCUUGCUGGCCAAAACCGGAUUUGCGUAUGCUAGGUUGAAAGCGAAGUCAAGCAAUAGCGAGCAAAGUUGUGUCGUUGACGCGAAAUUCAGCUGUCACAUUCUCAAUCGGUUUUGAACGACAAGUUUGUUCUGACUCACAGUGUAGCUACAUUUAUCUACAACCAGACCAGGGUGUGGCUUGAACUCUCUGCGCUUUGGUCGUUAACCGUGUGAUGAUGGAGCCGGGCAAAGGAACAAGAACAAGCUUUUAAAAGGUAAAACGGAAAUGGAUUUGUGCGGGUUUGUGUUUAUUUACAGAUACGGAAAUAUAGGAAAACCGCUAUUGCGUACCCACAGCUAUGGCACUGAAGUUACAAAUAUCGACGCUGAAUCGACCAAAACUAAUAAACAUUGGCCAGCAUAAUAUCUCACCGACGGUCAAGUUUACCUCAGGAUGAACAAAGCUUCUCGGUCAAUAGCACUUGCGUCGGAGUCGGUUGUCGAUUCUGGUGCAGAUAACGAACGCACUGUACGGCUGUACCUUAUGCUAUAGAUGUAUAACCUUGAAUGCAAAGGGCGAACACGAAUGUCGCCAUAUGUAUGAAUGUAACCGGUAGAUGGGCUUUGCAUUUAAAACGAGCGAAAAGAGCUCAUUCUGCCAAAAGAAAGUCACUGCAUUUUUCAAGAAAGGAUUCAGUCACACUCAUUCAAUUGCAAUGGUCACAUCGAUUUGGAUACCUGCAGCAGUGCUGCUUGUCUUCGCGAUGUUUGCAGAAAUAAAUAACGCAGCUUUCUUGAAAGUCGUAAAUAUUUCUUGCAAAGACAACCAACCCAAAAGUCAAACAACUGCCGUCAACGUUACCCGAAUUGUCGGCGGAACAUGGGCUAAAAGAGGGGCUUACCCUUACCAGGCAGCCAUAUUUGUAAAGAACGAGUUCAGUUGCGGAGGUACACUGCUUGAUAGCGGAUUACAUGUACUGACAGCUGCCCACUGCUUGUUACCACUAAAAAGGGAGGCAGGAUUGUUGACAGUAUAUUUCCGAACCACUGUCUUGAAGCCGCUGGAUGCAAAUCAUAUAGAAAGGAAAGUGACUAAGUUCGUGAUCCACCCUGAUUACAAUGGAACUUCGUUUGAAAACGACCUUGGUGUUAUCACUCUGUCCGAACCGGUCAUGGAAAUCCGACCAGCACGACUUGAAGCUGUCGUGUCUGCAAACAAAUCUUAUGUAGGAAAGGAAGCUACUGUUAUCGGAUGGGGUCGAACACGACAGGUUUUGCAUCCAGCAGUAUCUUCUGGGGCCGCUUCUAAUAAUUUACGACAGGUCAAUGUCACUAUCCUCGACACAAACGAUUGCUCCAUCCUAUAUUACAAUAAUUACGUAUUAACGGAUGGGAAACGCAUAUGCGCAUCCACCUUUUUUGGAAAGAGUAUUUGCCAGGGUGACAGUGGCGGUCCAUUAUUGAUUGAUGGAGUUCAAGUGGGAAUCAAUAGCGCUGCAGCAGGAUGUGCUGAUCCGCGGUUCCCUGCACUUUUCAUCCGCGUCGGUCCCUAUGUUGACUGGAUCAAAACUAUGAUGAUCGGAAGCCCUUCCAACUCGUUUUUGCCAGCAGGAGAGGUGGUAUUAGACUUAGAUCGCAAAUGACGUAACGUGGACGUUGACAAAAUGCAAUAGAACUGAGAAAUGUUGCCUUCGUAUUUAUCGUUGACCCCAUCUAUUUUGGGAAUCCACUCCAGUUAAGUUAAUGGAAUUUGUUAAAGAAUAAACUGAAUGUGAAAACUAAA